AUGUCAGAGUCCUCUGAUGAAAAGAUAAAGCUUACUGAAGAUUUGGUGGAAUACAUCAUAUCAAUGUAUCACCCUAUCAAAAAAAAUAUACAAAAUCGUGUUGUGUCGAAAUUUUUCAACAAUGCAAAGAUUCGAUCUCGAGAUCUUGAUUUCAGCGGAAUAUAUUCUGUGAAUCGCAGUCAAUCAGCGGUUGUUCGCAUCAUUGAAGAUAUUUUUAACCAACACAAAGGAUCGGAGAUAAAUCGAUUUGUUCUACUUCUCAAUCAUAUUGGCGUAGAGGAUAAAAUACUUUCAUGGAUCAAUAUGUGUAUAGAUAAAAAGAUACAGGAGCUUAUUUUAGAUUUUUCCAGAUCUAAAAAAGUUAUGGAGAUAUCUAUUGAUUUUUCGGCCAUCGAGACACUAACUGUCUUAAAGCUACAAUGGUGUAAAUUUGAAAUCCCGACGAAUAAUACUCCCAAAGGUCUAAGAUUAUUGAGGAGCCUUGCGCUAAUGAAGACCAAAGUAAGGCAAGAGAUAAUAGAUGCAAUCUUCAGCAACUGCAUUCUCCUUGAAACGUUUGAACUAAUCAAAUGUGGAAUCAACGGGGUAUUAAGAAUCAACGCUCAAAAUCAUAAGGAAUUCAAGUCUUUGGUCGUUUGUUCUUUGCCGAAGCUAUUGCAUAUCGUUGUAGAUGCACCUACUCUUGAAUUCUUCAAAUAUGGUGGAGAAGCUAAAAAAGUUUACUUUUUAAAAGUGGAUGCGCUUAAAGAGGCACAGCUUUAUUAUAAUCGGAAUUACAAUUGGCGUUACUACGAUUUAAAUAACGUGGUGCUUGUUAACAUGAAAGCCUAUACCGGAGUUAAUGUCCUCACAACGACAAAUAUCUUUCUUGAGGCUCUCGUCGAAAGAUACGAAGACGGAAAAAUGAGAAAACCGAUUUUCUUAUUUUGGAAUUUGAAAGAAUUCCAUAUUCAUUUUAAAGCUCCAACACUCUGCACUCUUUAUGAUAUCGUUGAAUUCCUCAAAUACUGCCCUAAUCUCGAAAAGAUUUCCAUCGAUAUUAAUAACUUCACAUUUAUACCUGGUAUGUUUUGGAGUUUACAUCAUAAGCCAACGAUUGAGAACCAGAAGUACCAGUUAGACUCUAUCAGGGAGGUCGAGAUCAACGGCUAUAAAGGUCACUGGCAUGAGAUUGAGAUAUUGCAUUUCUUUCUCCAGAAUGCAACAUGUCUAAAGAAGUUGAAGCUGACUAAGCCUUAA